GUGUGAAAACUGUCAAAAUGACACUCUUUCUGAAAUGCAGGGAGUAUUUUCUUUACAACUUUUGUCUCAUUCUUCGUAUAUUUAUUCAUCAUCAAAUAUUGUGACAAUCAAGUACAUGCAUCCAAUUUUCAUUUAAUUUUAUGUUUCAGUUACACUUAAUUUUAUUUUGAAGUCAAACUAAACAAAAAUUACGGUUUAUUCGGUAUAUAACAUACGCUAAGCCAGCCUGGUCGCAUUUAUAGUAGUAUAACUAAAUGAUAGAAUAAAUGACAUCACAUGUAGAAACCACCAGAAACUGGUCCCAAAAAGGAAGUUGGAGCCAAUGAAAUUUAACCCUGCACGACAAACAUCUAGCCUGCAUAUAAAGCAAGCCAUUCCGUGUGAAUUAGAGAUAACCAAAUAUGAGUAUAAUCUCCGAUUUCAACGAGAAAGAAAAAGGAAAGGUUCUUGAGAACUUAACAUGUAACGUGGAGCAAAUACAAGACGAUUUGUUGAAAGAGAUACUCACACUUAACGCAGAAACAGAGUAUCUCCAAAACUUCCUCCAUGGAAGCUCUGCUAAAGAGCUUUUCAAGAAGAAGUUACCAAUAGUCACCUACGAAGAUGUUAAACCUUACAUCGACCGUGUCGUGAAUGGAGAGCCAACGAAUAUAAUAUCGGCCAUACCCAUCACAAAUUUCUUCCUAAGUUCGGGAACUUCGGGGGGUGCAAACAAAAUGAUACCAUCGAAUAACAAAUAUUUGGAAGGUUAUGCGUUCAUCAAUGAUAUUAUCAUGCACGUUAUAAACAAGCAUGCAAAAGCCGUGGAGAAAGGAAAGGGGAUGCUAUUUUUCUUAACUUACCUCGAGUCCAAAGCUCCAUGUGGCUUGCCUAUAGCGGCCGCAACAAGCUGGUACUUAAAAAGCGACUAUUUCAAGAAUCGAUCAUCUAAUUGGUAUUACACUUAUUCGAGCCCUGAUGAAGUUAUGUUAGGCAGUGACACCAAGCAAAAUCUUUAUUGCCAUUUGCUCUGUGGUCUUGUCCAAAGAGACGAGGUCGUGAGAAUCGGUUCCAUAUUCGCUUCAGGUUUGGUCCGAGCAAUCAAGGUUCUUGAAGAUUCUUGGAAGGAGCUGUGUUCGAAUAUCCAGUCAGGUAGUCUCAGCGAGUGGAUCACCGAUUCUGGCUGUCGAAACUCCGUGUUUAUGGUUCUUGGAGGUCAGCCACGUCCCGAAUUAUCAGACAAGAUUGAAACGAUAUGUAGCCAAAAGUCUUGGAAAGGUAUACUGACAAUAUUAUGGCCACAAGUCAAAUAUAUUGACGCUAUUCUUACAGGUUCUAUGGCAAAAUAUGUUCCUACAUUGAAAUAUUACUGCAGUGACCUGCCUCUUGUUUCAACACUUUACGCUUCUUCCGAGACAAUAUUCGGUUUAAAUAUCGAUCCUUUGUGUAAACCUGAAGACAUCUCUUACACGCUAAUGCCCAACCUGUCUUACUUUGAGUUCAUACCAAUGGAGGGAGACAAUGGUGAUGUUUUGGACCUCGAAGAUGUCAAACUCGGGUGUUCUUACCAAUUGUUGGUCACAAAUUUAUGGGGUUUGUAUAGAAUGAGAAUCGGAGAUGUUGUAGAGGUGACUGGCUUCCACAACAAGGCACCUCAGUUUAGGUUUGUAAGAAGAGAGAAGGUGGUGUUAAGCAUUGAUACGGACAAGACAAAUGAGGAAGACUUGUUUAAGGCGGUGAAUCGAGCAAAUCUGGUUCUUGACUCAUCAGAUCUAAUGCUUGUAGAUUUCACCAGCUAUGCUGAUAUCUCUAGUAGUCCAGGUCACUACGUGGUUUAUUGGGAAGUAAAGGCUAAAAACGAAGACAGUAAGGGCCUCAAUUUCAAUGAAAAGACAUUCUUGGAGUGUUGUUCAGCAAUGGAGGAUUCGCUUGACGAGGAAUACAAGUACGGUCGGUGUCAUGGAUCUAUAGGGCCUCUCGAGAUAGGAGUAGUGAAUGAUGGGACGUUCGAUGCUCUUAUGGACUUGUCAACCUCAAAGGCUCAAUACAAGACUCCCACAUGCAUCACAUCUGAAAAGGCCUUACAAGUAUUGGAGACAAAUGUGGUUGCUAGAUUCUCCAAUGCUCUAAGUGAAUCUCAUGUUGCUUAA